AUGUUUGACAGUCUUGCCAAGUCCCGCCGUCGCAUCUUGGAAACCGAAAGCAACAACCUAGGCUGGCCCUUGCUCCGUAUGCCAGUCCUCUACCACCCAGAUGAUGAGGUCGGCAAGGCAAUCAGCUACCAGAGCUUCUACCUGGACUCUUAUUUUUACGUUGCACCGGUGCUGGACCCUGGUUGCACGAGCGUGAAUGUCUACUUCCCCGCAAUAAUCAAACUUUCACUCACGUUUGGUCUGGCAGGAAGUACCAUGGUGGCUUGA